GCUUCUUCCAACUCUACACAGAUUCUCUCUCAGGGGCAGCAUUCCAAAUUACCCGCAGAUGACGGUUUGCAUGUGAAGAUCAUUUCAUCUUUUCACGGAACAACUUGUAAUUCCAUACGCUGCUCUCGCGUCCUCGGAGAGUCUCUUCCUCGUCAGACAAGUUCUCCACACUCUCUGGAUAUCCAUUCAGCCAGCAUUUUCAAACCAUGGCUCUCGCUCUUCCGGCCGGUGCCGCGGAAAUCAUUAUCCGCAAAAAGGCGCUAUACUGCCGUCUCGCCGACACCAAUGAAUGGGCCCUGGCUGACAAGGUCAUGUUACCCGACUUCACCUUUACGGCUGUCGAUGAGGAUGAUAAUAUCGUCAACAUCAAUGAUACCGACUAUCAUUGGACCUCAUUGGCAGACUGGGUGGCAUAUUUCAGCAGAAUAUUCACUUCUGUCCAAACGAUGCAUGUUGCUGGCUAUCCAGAGCUAGAGUUGGUGGCUCCAGACGAGAUCAAGGCCAUAUUCGGCGUGACUUAUCUGGUCGGUACCAAGGAGGCCAGCAAAGGGGUGCAUGGUACUGGUGGAGGACACUAUUACGAGACGUGGAAGCUGAAGGAUGGCGAUUGGUUCCUUCAGAAGACUAGAUUUGUGAGGAUCUAUUGGAAAGAAAUGACCCUGUAGCUAGCUGGUCUGCGUAAUACGCACUUGUAGCCGUAUCCGAGCACUUCCUACUGGUGCCGUCGUGUUAGUCAUAGCUGUUGGCGAUAGAUCCUAGUAGAAACAGAACCACUGCAUGCAAGUAUCGUACAGUAACCCUGC